AUGAGCCUUCCGCCACUGCUGAUGCGCUUGCCCCGCCGUCUCCGGGCGUCGGGACCCCCGCGCCGCCUGUGGUGGUCCCCGUCCCUCCGCACCCUCUCGGUGGGCUCCUGGCGGGCUCAGUCCUCCAAGGCCCCGGCCUACUGGAACCAGGUGGUGUCCGAGGCGGAGAAGAUCGUGGGCUACCCCACGUCCUUCAUGAGCCUCCGCUGCCUCCUGAGCGACGAGCUCAGCAACAUCGCUAUGCAGGUGCGGAAGCUGGUGGGCACUCAGCACCCGCUGCUUACCACAGCCAGGGGACUUGUACAAGAUAGCCGGAAUAACCUCCAGUUGAGGGGCUUGGUGGUGCUACUUAUUUCUAAAGCAGCUGGACCCAGCAGCGUGAAUGCUUCAUGUCAGAACUAUGAUAUGGUCAGUGGGAUCUAUUCAUGUCAAAGAAGUUUGGCAGAGAUCACAGAACUUAUCCAUACUGCUCUCCUUGUACAUCGUGGAAUAGUAAAUUUAAGUGAAUUGCAGUCUUCUGAUGGGCCGCUGAAAGACAUGCAUUUUGGAAAUAAAAUUGCUAUCUUGAGUGGAGACUUUCUUCUAGCAAAUGCCUGCAAUGGACUAGCUCUACUACAGAACACCAAGGUUGUGGAACUUUUAGCAAGUGCUCUCAGGGACUUGGUGCAAGGAGUAUACCAUGAAAAUUCUACUUCGGCAAAGGAAGAUCAUAUCACAAAUGACAUUGGAAUAUCGACUUGGAAGGAGCAGACUUUUCUCUCCCAUGGUGCCUUAUUAGCAAAGAGCUGCCAAGCUGCAAUGGAAUUAGCAAAGCAUGAUGCUGAGGUUCAGGAUAUGGCAUUUCAGUAUGGGAAGCACAUGGCCAUGAGUCAUAAGAUAAAUUCUGAUCUCCAGCCUUUUAUUAAAGAAAAGACCAGUGACUCCACGACGUUUAAUCUGAACUCAGCUCCUGUAGUCUUACAUCAGGAGAUUCUUGGAAGAGAUUUGUGGAUUAAACAGAUUGGCGAGGCUCAAGAGAAAGGAAGAUUAAACUAUGCUAAGUUGCGAGAAACAAUCAAAGCUGGCAAAGGUGUGACUUCGGCUAUUGACCUGUGUCGUUACCAUGGAAACAAGGCCCUGGCGGCCCUGGAGAGCUUUCCUCCCUCCGAGGCCAGAUCUGCUUUAGAAAACAUUGUGUUUGCUGUGACCAGAUUUUCGUGA